UUCAAAUUUAAAAAAAACUGUGAUGUGAGUCAUGUACAUGAUUUGAUAGUCGGUUCUCAGUUGUAAAUAUUUAAUAAUACAUAGUUAUUAAAUUCCACAAUGAAUAAAUUCAAUUUUAUUAAAAACUUAAUUUAAUGUAAAUAAUAAUUUCUUACAGUUUCAAAUUCAAUGUGAAUUAAGAAUUCAACUAAAUAAGAAAUCACAAUAUGAUUGUGAUCAACCGGUUUUUACGACAGUUAAUUAAUAUUAAGUCUGUAAGUUCAAAUUAUAACCAGCAAUGUUGUAGAAAUGUAAGAUGUGUGUCCACGGUCAAAGAUUUACAGUCAAAAGAUUUUCGAAAAAAAACAGAGACAUUUUCAUUUAAUGCUGAACAAAAUAUUGAUGCUGAUAUUUUUGGAACAUUAACUGAAAAUACUGAAAUUAAUUAUAAAUUGGAUCAUUUACCUCCAGAAAAUGAUGAUAAAAUAGAAUACGAUAAAGAUGAACAACACAAAAGAUUACAUAUUACUGAGUACCACAAAAUUAUUCAAGAACUCAUUAAACAGCAUAAAAUUGCAGAUGCAAUAGAUAUACUUGAAUCAAGGAUGUUAAAAAAUGAAAAAGCAAAACCUGAUUAUUAUGUUUAUAACUUGUUAAUUGGCACUUGUGGUAAAGUCGGUUAUGUUGAAAAAGCUUUUCAUUUAUUUAACCAGAUGAAAAAAAGCGGCAUUAAAACUACACCAGCUACAUAUACUUGUUUAUUUAAUGCGUGUGCUAAUUCCCCUUAUAAGGAUGAUGCGUUAAAGAGAGCUAAAAAAUUACAUAAUCUGAUGAACUUAAAAUCAAUUGAACCCAACAUUUUUAUCUACCAUGCAAUGAUUAAAGCGUUUGGAAGAACAGGAGAUUUAUUGACUGCAUUCUCUUUGGUUGAUGAAAUGUUGACAAAAAAAUAUAAAUUAAAAGAUGAAACAUUUAAUUUUCUCUUACAAGCAUGUAUAACUGAUAAAGAAGCUGGUUUUCGACAUGCCUUACUUGUUUGGAGAAAAAUGAUAUUAAAACGUGUUCGCCCUUCAUUAUAUACUUACAAUCUUUUAUUAAAAUGCACAAGAGAAUGUAGUCUUGGUGAUGAAUUUGAAACACGUAAAGUUAUUGGUCAAAUAAUUAAUGAUCCUCAUUUAUUAACAACUGAAUCUAAACUCGAAGAAUCAAAUACUUCAAAAAAGGAUAUACCUAAAACAUUAUUAAGUAAUGAUAAUGAAAAUUAUUUAUCUCUUAUUGAGGAGAAUAGACCAAAUCUAUUAGAUGUUAAACCUUGUUUUGGUAAUAUUGUGGGAAUUUCUGAAAUUAAAUCUCCUGAAGAAAGAUUAAUAUUAUUAGGGGGUUGUUUAGGAUUUUUAAAGAACAUGAAAAUCAAUAAGAUAAAGCCUGACAUUAAAAUAUUCACCCAGCUUUUGGAAGUUAUACCGCCAACAUUAUCAGCUGAAAAAGUCUUAUUAAAAGAAAUUUAUGAAAAUAAAGUUAGAGUUGACAUUGAUUUUUGCAAUAUUCUCAUUAAAAAACGAAGUCUUAGAUUUGAUUAUGAAGAAGCAAAGAAUGUAUUAAGCUUAAUUAAUUCAGAAAACUUGAGUGUCGAUAUUGUAACUUUUGGUGUUCUGGCAUUGGGUUGUAAAAAUAAGAACGAAGCUAAAAACCUCAUAAAAAUCAUAGCAGAUCAUGGAUUUCGAGUGAAUGCAGAAAUUUUGGGCACAAUGUUGGCACAAUCAUGUUACCGUUUUAAUUUUGGAUAUGUUAUUUAUGUUAUGAACAUGGUUAAACAUGAAGAAAUUAAACCCAAUAAAAUAUUUAUGGAUCGUUUGAAUCGUUUUGAUAACACAAUUAAAGAUUUAAUCAAAAAAAGACAAAAUAGAGAAAAAGAUGUUCCAGAUUUUAUUCAAAGUUAUUACUUCAAAGAAGGAUACAGAAAAUUUCAAAAUUUUUAUAAAAAAUGGUUAUUAGAGGUAACUGUCGAUGAAGAAUUACAUCCUUGGGAUCAAUUUAAAAAUUGUAGAAAAAAAAAUGACUCUGUAUAAAAAUAAAAUAUUAUUUGUAUUUUUAUUUAACA